AUGUCCAGGGACGCCUUUCCUGACAAGGUUGUCCACCGCAAUGGAAACGCGGUUAAAAUACGGAUUAGAGCGUCAACCAAUCAGAGCAAAGGACAAGUGGCCACAAGCUUAGUCAGAUUUACAGGGUACGGUUGGGACCAAGUCGGCACGAUAUGUAGUAUGGCGUCCGGAGUACGGAGUACACCGAAGCAACUUGAUAGACCGUCCAUGCUCCAUGAACUCUUCACAAUCCCAAGUUCCCUGCCGGUGAUGCACUCGAGAUGCCGGCGCAUCCAGAUGUUCAAUCCAAUAGUAAUAAUAGUAUGGACCGUUAGGGCGUUGUUGCUGCUAUCAUGGCUUUUAGGAGUUCAAGGUAUUCGAGAAAGCCGGCUUCAGGAGCUCAGGGCGGAAACAGAACAUAUGUUCUACCAUGGAUUUGAAAACUAUAUGAAAUACGCGUUUCCCGAAGAUGAACUCCGCCCUUUAACGUGCGGAUCCUUAACACGCGACCGCGAGAAUCCUGCCCAUAUUGAGCUGAAUGACGUCCUGGGAAAUUACUCCCUUACACUUGUGGAUAGCCUGUCGACAUUGGCAAUUUUAUCGGAUGCUGGAUCUAAAACUCGAAAUGGGUGGAAGGCAUGGACAUCGUUUCAGGACGGGGUAAGGGACCUUGUGGACCUCUAUGGCGAUGGAUCAAAUGGCCCGAAGGGAAGGGGCUCUCGAGGCAGGGGCUUUGAAGUCGACAGCAAAGUCCAGGUUUUCGAGACCGUUAUUCGAGGCGUGGGCGGCCUUCUCAGCGCUCACCUUUUCGCCGUGGGCGAUUUGCCAAUUCGCGGAUAUAAUCCCCCCGUAAAUGAGGCAUCAUACGCAAAACUCUGGGAUAAAACCCAUACUACGCCAAGUCAUCCUGGGAUACGUUGGGCCAACGGUUUUGUGUACGAUGGUCAACUGCUCAGGCUUGCUACGGACCUAGCAACUCGCUUACUUCCUGCCUUUUAUACGCCGACUGGGCUCCCGUAUCCUCGGGUCAAUCUUCGUUAUGGCGUACCGUUUUACCCUAAUUCACCUGUAAAUGGCAAUUCAACAAGGGACACCUCGCAUUCUGAGUCAGCAUUUCCUCAGGAAAUCACCGAGACAUGCAGCGCUGGCGCUGGUAGCUUGGUUUUGGAAUUCACGGUUUUGAGUCGACUCACUGGAAAUGGACGUUUUGAGGAGCUUGCAAAGCGGGCUUUCUGGUCCGUGUGGGUAAGACGCAGUGAUAUUGGGUUAAUCGGUGCUGGCAUCGAUGCGGAGUCGGGAAAGUGGGUAAAUUCAUACACGGGGAUUGGGGCGGGUAUUGACAGCUUUUUUGAAUAUGCGCUGAAAUCACACAUUUUACUUUCUGAAGGGCAACCUCCGCCUUUCAACACAUCUGGGCCAUUUCAUGAACUAGAUAAUCACUAUACUCCACUACCGGAAGAAGCUCAUUCUCCUGACGCUUUCCUCAGAACAUGGCAGCAAGCUCGAAAUUCUAUCCAGCACCAUUUAUACCGUGGCUCCAGUUAUCAACACCCCCAUUACAUUCAGGGGGACAUUAUAACCGGGGCGACACGUGCAUUUUGGAUGGAUAGCCUUAGCGCGUAUUUUCCCGGCUUAUUGACACUGGCGGGAGAUUUGGAUAAGGCUGCUGAAGCCCAUCUUCUGACAGCCGCUCUCUGGACUCGGUAUUCAGCAUUACCUGAAAGAUGGAGUGUUGCUACUGGUGAAAUCGAAGGAGGUUUAACUUGGUGGGGAGGGCGGCCAGAGUUCGUCGAAUCAACGUACUAUCUCUACCAAGCUACUGAGGAUCCGUGGUAUCUUUAUGUUGGAGAAAUGGCUAUGAGGGAUAUAAAGCGAAGAUGCUGGACCAAAUGCGGUUGGGCAGGGCUUCAAGAUGUCCGGACUGGACAAUUGAGUGAUAGAAUGGAGAGUUUCUUCCUUGGAGAAACGGCAAACGCGCCGAUGGCAACUAGGCCGACACUCGACCUCUCUUUUCCUCCUAUGCCCAACUCUGUUCUCAGUUCUGCAUCAUUAGAGCGUGUUAACGACGGAAUCUUCGUCAAAUCUAUCAGUGGUCUGCGUUUAGGUAUGAUCCAAGACGUGCCGCUGUUUAUGGAAGGGGGAUCUGCUGCUGUUGAUGGGUAUCGCAUCCAAGUGAUCAACAAUAUACCUCUUGGAAAAGAUGAGAAAGUCUAUGUUUCUCGCGAAACCACUAAAGUUCUAGAGCCAACUGAUCCCAACUUCACACAGAUUGAGGACCUGACAAUGCUGGACAUCAUUGUUGACUUUAAACAGCCGCGUAUUUCCAGGAAUGGUUCGUCAACCGCUACCAGGCCUCCAGUCAAUACUGGAAAGUUGGCGGAAGAUGUUCGCGCUCCAGUUGAGGACAGCUCAAAUAUGAAGCUUGCGUUCUCGUCUUUUAUGAGCCAAGUUACAUCUUUGCUCCGCGAUGAAGUCAUGUCUUCUUCUCCAGGCUCGGCAAUCUUUGGCCAAUCUAUCUCGCGAGCGUCUAUACCUGCCUUGACUGCCACUGGCAAAGGUGCAGUGCCACUACCUGACACUGAGGAAGCGACGAUACCGACGCCAUGGGCUACCAGCACAUCUAACAAAAAAUCAGCCCAUUCUCUGCCAUGGUCCAGUAUAUAUCUUGCGGGGGAACUGUGUGAUGCCCCGCUGCCAUCGUCAGUGCCCAAGAUGCACCAAGUCAUCGUAAUAAAACGAGGAAAUUGCAGUUUCUCCCAGAAGUUGAGAAACAUACCAGGAUUUCGGCCGUCCCGGUCAUCUUUGCAGCUGGUCAUUGUCGUAUCUUACCCGCAACAUGGAGAUCCGGAUUUUUCACCUGAUGCAAAAUCAAAGUCAGCGGCUAAGGAGACAGUUUCCCCAUUUUCAGAACCAAUCAUCGAACUAGAUGAAUCCUGGCUCAUUCGCCCGCUACUUGAUGAGAUACAAGUCGUUGCAGACAGCAUCCCACGCCCCCAUCCGAUUAGCAUGGUGAUGGCGUUGGAAUUAGAAAGCGAUUGUGAUGCAGCAACUUACCAUAUCUCCGAAUCUCAUACUGGUCUCUCAAAGAGUCAAACUGCGCCGGACAGUCCCCUUGUAAACCCAAGUAGCCAUGACGGUUUCCUUGCUCAGACCAUACUUGGUCCGCUUUGGGCAUUUCUUCUAGAGUUCGGAUUCAUUGGUACUGCACCAAUGAUAUUGCCGUGUUCUCGAACUGGGAUGGCUGCCCGAGCGACGUGGCGGAUAAGUUUCUGA